AUGGCGCUCCGUCUCGUCUCACAGCCCUUUCACGUCGUCGUGCUUCUCCUCGCAGCCGUUGCGUCUCUCAUGCUCUCGGCACGCCUUGUAGAGGCCUCAAUUACCGUCGGCGGGUAUACGGCGUUUUCCAAUGGAACCGUUUAUGAUUCCAGUGGAAAGGCUGUGACCCCCACCAAGAACGCGGAUGGGUCUCAAACCGUUGGAGGCUACACUCUCUACUCUAAUGGCACUAUCACUGGUCCUGACGGCCAAGUACUCUAUGGUACGGGCGCCGACGGUAGUAAGAAGAUUGGCGGCACUGUUGUGUACCCGAAUGGGACCUACGCCGAUUCCAGUGGGAAGCUGGUUCAACCUGUUCCUAACGCGGACGGCACGGCGUCGACUAUUGGAGACCUGACUUAUUACAAGAAUGGAACGUAUGUGUCUACCAAGGGCCCUGUGAUAGUGCAGCCUACUGAUAGUAUCCCGAAAGCUGCUUCAGCCUCUCCAAUCAAGCUCGGCUACAUUGCCACUGCCGUCACCAUGGCUGCUGGCUUUGCUUGGCUGCUUGCAUGA